GAAAAUUUCCCCAGUGGUUUAUUAGAAAAAGUAAAUUUCUCAACUUGUUUACUAGUAAGUGGUCGCUUAUCGCUUACUCCUCAACGUCCCCAACCUUUUGAAUUAGUAUUUUCUGGUUCCGAUUUGGAAAUCGUUAAUUCUACUGCGGAUGACUAUCCCUUCCAGAAAAAAAAUAUCCCUUUGAAAGUAGUGCGAGAAUCGCCUCAUUUACGAGCCAAAACUAACUACUUUUUGGUCCUUUUUCGUUCACUACUCUCUACUCAAAACCAGGAAAA